UUUCCAGCAAGCGUCUCAUUUUUGUACCUUUCAUAUUCCCCAAUCUUGCGGUUUGCCAUUCAAAUCACACACUUUUCAACAGCUCCUUAUAUAAUCCUUCGAUCUCCUGUUGAAAUAUUCAAAUUUACUCAACGACAUCCAACCAGAUGACGUGUUUCCAAGAAGUGAUCUCCAAGAUUCGGUCCAAAUGCCGCAAUACCCUCGGUCUGAAAUCAAGUUCAAAACAUAAACGAGUGGAAAUUAGUGCUCCGUUCGACUUCAAAGAAGGGCCUGCAGUCAACUUUCCUGGAUACAGCGAGGACGAUAUCUCACUCAUGCGCGAGAAAGCCAUUGCAUCGACGGCAAUCGUCGAAGAUGGGGAAUUCGACCUAGCCUCUCGAAUACAGCGGCCACGCUCGAGAGCAAGUUCAUUUGGUUGUGGAUUGGGAGGACGGGUGGUUUAUCACGCCAGAAGGCUUAGCAAGGGAAAUAUAUAUUGAAGACCGAACGGUAGAGCGGUUCGAGUGUACGGAGACUUGGAAGAGUAUUCUUAACCAUUCAUAGGAGGUCGGGAGUUUAUAGGCUUGGAUAGAAGUCACUUGCAUAUUACAACUUG